GAAUAUCAAAUCUUACACAUCAUCAUUCAUCGGUAUAUAGAGUCUCCACAGUCCACAAACUAAAAAAAGAAAGGAAAAAAACUCCGAUCAAUCAUGGCGUCUUGCUUUGCGUCCUUCUUUGGUUGCUUUGUUUCAAAAUCCGACUCACGUAUUAGCUCAACUGAUGAGAGUAACUUAAAAACCUUGUCCUUGAAGAAACCAAAAAGCAAAUCCGAAUCUCCGAGAGCUCCGAUCAUCGUGUCUUAUUUUCCCGCUGGUUCGAACCUUUCCCGACUGUAAGUGUCACAUAGAAGAGAAGAUAAGAUGCAGUGUUGGGAGGUCUUCUUUUCUUUCUUUCUUUUGUUUGAUAAAGAAGAGUUGGGAUGUUGACAUGUUGUUUGUCGCACGAAGGCUUUAUUUUUUGGUUCAUCUUGUUUUUUUUUUUUUUUGAUUAUGUACAUAUAGACCAUUUUGAUUAUGUAUGCUUUGUGUAUUCAGACCAUAUAAAAAAUUAAUGUUUAUAUACAUGUUUUUGUAUAAAAAUGUUGAAGAGGUUAGUAUAUGGAGAUCUCCAUACUCCUAUAGUCUUCUUCCCUGCUCUAGACGUUUCCAACAUUUUUGGAAUUCACUACUGAUGGCACAAACACACUCUUAAAGCAUAAACGCACCACAAGAGAAAACCAUAAAGAUUUGGGCUUUAAUAAAGACUUGUUUGGUUCGUAGCCGCAAAUAAUAAAAGCCCAUCAAGACAAGAAGACAGAAGAAGACAAGUGUUUUAAAGUGGAAGUUAUCUUUCCCACGUGGUCUUUAAAAAAAAAUAGAGAAGAAGAAGAUGAGAUGAUGAGAGUAAGCAAAGUGUUGUGAAGACUUUUUAGAAAGUAGAAAAAAAGAAAAGCAGAGACUGUGUGGUAUUCAAAAGUCGAAAACCCUAAGAAGUAAAUUUAUGGGAGCUGUAUCGAUGGAGUCGCUUCCUCUAGGUUUCAGAUUCAGACCUACCGAUGAAGAGCUUGUUAAUCACUACCUUCGCCUCAAGAUCAACGGACGUCACUCUGAUGUCCGAGUCAUCCCUGACAUCGAUGUCUGUAAAUGGGAACCUUGGGAUCUUCCUGCUCUCUCGGUGAUUAAAACGGAUGAUCCAGAGUGGUUCUUCUUCUGCCCUCGUGAUCGAAAAUACCCAAACGGUCAUCGCUCUAACAGAGCUACUGACUCAGGCUACUGGAAAGCUACUGGUAAAGAUCGUAGUAUCAAGUCCAAGAAGACUUUAAUUGGUAUGAAGAAGACUCUUGUCUUUUACCGUGGACGAGCUCCUAAAGGUGAGCGUACUAAUUGGAUUAUGCACGAGUAUCGUCCCACUCUUAAGGACCUUGACGGUACUGGACCUGGUCAAAACCCUUUUGUUCUGUGUCGUCUCUUUCACAAGCCUGAUGAUCGUGUCAAUGGUGUUAAGUCUGAUGAACCGGCUCCUACUUCUUGUAAAGACUCACCUGAUGAUACUUCCUCUGAUCUUGUUCAAGAAACACCUUCCUCUGAUGCUGCAGUUGAGAAACCGUCUGAUUAUUCAGGUGGAUGCGGCUAUGCUCAGAGUAAUAUGGCUGAUGGGUCAAUGACUGAGGUAGGUAAAGAGAAUCUAUGGUUAUCUUGUGACCUUGAAGAUCAAAGGGCUCCUGCACCGCGUGUGGAUUCUACAUAUGCUGGUGAUUUCGGUUAUGAUGAGAUUGGAUUCCAAUUUCAAGAUGGUACCAGUGAGCCAGAUGUGUCACUAACAGAGUUGUUGGAAGAGGUGUUUAAUAAUCCUGAUGACUUCUCUUGCGAGGAAUCAGUUAGUCGAGAGAACCCAAAUGGAAUCUUUUCAUCUGAUAAGAUGCUGCAGUCUGCAGCACCCGAGGAUGUUUACUUCAACGACUUUAUGGCUUACACUGAUACAGAUGCCGAGAUGGUGCAGUUGCAGUAUGGUUUAGAUAAUGGAGCUUCUGGAUGGCCAAGGGACGCUGUAUCGGCUUACCCUGCCACUACUAAUUCAUACUAUGGUGAUUUACUUCAACCAGACCAGGUGAUCAAUCAUACCACGGAGAACAACCUUACAGAAGGGAGGGGGAUAAAGAUUCGAGGUCGACAGCCACAAAACCGUUCGAGUACAGGAUUGAUAAACCAGGGCAUUGCUCCAAGAAGAAUCCGUCUGCAGGUGCAUUCUAGCUCUGUACCUCCUGAUGAUAAGAAUCAAAGUGAAGAAAAACAGCGGGAAGAGGUGAAUGAAGGACUCACUGAUAUUCCUGAGGACAAACAAGUUGCAGCUAAAGACACAGAGAAGAGUGAUUCUUUGGUGAAACCUCAAAUAAAGCUCAGGACGAGGGGAACUAUAGGCCAAGUAAAAGCAGACAGAGUUGUAGACGACGAGGUACAGGUGGAGAGGAGAAAGAGAAGAAGAGAAGGGAAGCAAUGGAAGCUGGUAGCAACGGUAAUAGUGGCAGUGAUGGUGGGAGUAGGGGUGGGUAUGUGGAUGUUGAGUUCAUAACACAUGAGACAGAGUCAGAGAGAGAGGAUAAGAUUCAAGUUUCGUAUUAUAUGUAAUUAGGGAUGAUGUAAUGUUAGUAUUGUUUUUUUUGUGUUGUAACUUUGUAACCUAAAAAAACUUAUAUGUAGGGAACAUGUGUGUUUUAUAUACAGUAGUAUAAGCGAUUAUAGUUAGAUUGUAAUAGAUCUGAAAUUAUUUUGUUGAUGAGUUUAA